CAGUACUGAGUACUUACAGUUUCAGAAUACAGAGCACAGGGUGCAGUGCUGAUGCUGCGAAAGAUAGUGAAAGCAUGAUUAACAAGUCAGGAAUCUAAAUUUUAGGGCUAAGGAAAAAAAAGUCUAGAACGGUCGUUGUUAGUCAUUUGAUCUUUAUAAUCUGUAGGGAGAAAUUGUAAAGUUCAUUUAAGUUUGACGUUUGCAUAUUGUACCUCAUUAGAUUCUUGUUAAUCACGAAGUUUUCUGGUUCUCUGGACGACGGUCGAGUAAUCUCGAGUUCUCGACGCGUCUUCUUCCCCUUUCCCAGGGUCAACAGUUUUAUCCCAGCGCCGAAGAAGAGAAGAGUUGACGCAGCUGGAACAUUUCAUAAUUGAACCCUUCUUUUUGUAUUCCAAUUUGGGUAGCUUGGACUGUUCUGAAUUUAAUGAAAAAUCCAUUAUGCCGCAAUUGAUUGCAGUAAAGUCGCUGUCCCAAUUAUGUCUUGAAUACGUCAAAAACAACAUGACUGUGUUGUGUGAGAAGCUACCAAGUGCUGAUUUUGCUACCACUAUUAGCAACCAAACAAGCCAAAGUCCUUUUGAUCAAUUACCAUCGAAGUUCUUGGAGGAAAUCAUCUGUGCUCUUCAAACCAAAAGAUGUUUGAAAAAAUUCCUUGGUUUAUUGGCAGCUCCACAACUAGUGACCUUGAAUUUGAAUCUGAGAUAUUUGUCAAAGGAAGAUGAUAGUUCUAUUCGUUUUGAACCGAAUUCAUUGAGAUGCAUAUACUUAAAAAACCUAUCUCUCCGCUGGUCAUCUCUCAGAAAUGACAAAUUCUUGACUACUGUCAUUCCUAUGUUAGUAAAACUACAAGUUCUGGACAUUUCACAUACUGAAACUGAGGACAGCAGCUUGGAAGUAAUAGGAACUUAUUGCACAGAUUUGAUAGAACUGGAGUUAACGGAGUGCCAAAAUAUUUCAGAUAUUGGAGUUAAAAAGCUGUGUGUUAGUGCUGCACAUAAUCUAGGAAGGGAAGAUGAAAAAUUGGGACUGCACAAAUCUCUUCUUAAAUUGGGUUCGUAUGGUACUAAAAUCACCAAAGCAGGAAUCCAAUUGGGCUUGGAAACUUUCCGUAGUCUUAAAAUCUGGGAUAUGGCUACUGUACAAAUCUUAGCAGGAAUUCACAAAAAAGAUUUCUUGAAUCGAUCCCCGGAGAUUCAGAAGUAUUCCCUGAUGAAUUUGGAAAUAGCUUCUCAUUGCGACUACAUCCCCAAAAGUUUUGGAUUGGUUUUGUCUCUGUGUCCCUUUGUGAUUGAUGUAGAAAUCAAUAUCGUCCAAGGACUGACCGAUAGUGAUUUGCUAAGUUUGUUAUCCCUUGAAAAACUCCGCAAACUGAAAUUGAAUGGAUCUAUUGAUGACUGCAGUUCCUAUGUCACGUUCACGUUUGGUGGCGGUGUGACUCCAAUCUUAAAAGCUUUUGGAAAUUCACUUAAGUCACUCUCUGUAUCCAAUCUGUGUGAUGUCAAUAUUCAAGUAAUCACACAGCUUUGCCCUAACCUUCAAUUCCUUGAGCUCAUCGAUUGUUUUAGUUAUUUCACCGCCAAAUUGGAUGAAGAAUGUGUUAAGAAUGAGUCUCUAGUUUUAAAGCAACUUGAAAAGCUGAGCCUGUAUGCGGGAAACUCAAGUAGGCCUAUCAGUAUUCCGCGCAAACACCUCGUCUUGUUGUUGUCUGCACCUUCUCUUAUGGACAUAUACAUUGAGUGUUGUUGUACGCUCAAUGACGACGUCCUCCAAGAGGUCGCUCGAGUUCAAAAGUUCCAUCAUCUUGAAAGUUUGGAAGUUAAAAAAUGCCACAAUGUGACCGAGAAAGGAAUUGAUGUCUUCAUGAACGCCCAAAACCCUCUUAAGAAGAUCGUGUUACGUUGGUGUCGUCAAGUAACGAAGAGUAAUGUUGAUUAUUGGAAAAAGCAAGCUAAAAUGAACAACUGGCAAAUAGUGAUUCAGUUCGAUAACUUCGAAGAAUGUGAUGUUUAUUUUCACGGUAAAAGGUCUGAAGACGAAUAUGAUUAUCAUGAGGACCAAAAUGGAGAGGCCGGCGAUUACGAAAAUUGGGAGGAAUCUUCGGAAUCUUCGGAUGGAUAUGAUUUUGAACGGUGGUUGUAAUUUUGAAGAUUUCCAAUAAGAUUUAUUGCUGUGAGAUUUAGCGAUUGAGCGAUAAUCUGUAAAUGUUCCUUAUUCGUCAUGUGUUCAUGUGUCGUCUUCAUGAAAUGUGUUGUUUGCAGAAACAAACUCGUAUGCUUCUUUUAUUGCUUAGUGUCCUAAGUGGUGUUUUAGUUAUGAACUACUGUUUUGUUUUCUUCCCUCAAUUUUCCUAAACUGAAAAUGACUCUUGAAGCCUGAUAGCGAAAAUGAUACAUCUUGUCUUUCCCUCUUCUCAUGUAACAUGUAUGCCGAAAGGGUACGAUUGGAUUUCUGUAUUUUUAGCGUGAUCACACCCACUAAUAAAGGUUUGAACUGA